UCUGUUUGUAGCCAAUCAAAACGCAGAGCCGAGGCCCGACGCCAAGCGUCCAGAGAGUAGUGUUAAAUCUUGCGUGUGUCGGUGCAAAAAUGGUGGAUUUCGGCUAUCUUAAAAUACAUAUUUGAGUAGAGCUGUUACAGUAGCUGACCGGAUAGCUUACGAUAUUAACUUGCUAGAACAUAAUACCACAAUUGUCUGUGUAACGUGGAGCCAGUUUAUUAGUGCAAGUGCAAGUUUAUUAGUUUGCCGGGUUAAAGAGUGAAUGGUUUCUUAGCUAGACUAGCUAGCUGCGGCUGGGUUGUUGAAGCUAGUAAGCUAGCUGCUUGAUGGUAAUUUAGCUAACAGCUCUUGCUGUUUGCUAUUUUUAAUAUUUGGCACUCUCCUUUUCUGACAUCACAGGCUCGACAAACCAUGGAUAAGGCGGAUUUCCUCAAAGGCUUGCCGGUCUACAACAAGAGCAACUUCAGUAGGUUCCACGCAGACUCUGUGUGCAAAGCAUCGAACAGGAGACCGUCUGUGUACCUGCCCACUCGAGAGUACCCCUCUGAACAGAUCAUCGUCACAGAGAAGACCAACAUUCUGCUGCGCUACUUCCACCAGCAGUGGGACAAAAAGAAUGCACCGAAGAAGCGCGAGCAGGAGGCGGGAGAUGCAGAGAGCCCCGCCCCUCCGCGGAAGCUGGCCCGCAGAGACAGCCAAGAGAUGAAUGAGGACACUUAGACAGCCCGCCACGGUGACGAGGGACACAGCACACAUGCAAACACACGCACACACACUGCUGCGUACUCCACGCAGGUGACACACUAUCAGCCAGUCACGCAGGGUGUGGCCAGG